AAGUGAGUACCAAACUUUUGCUCUCGUUCUCCGCUGAUUCUGAAGUUGCGAAAAAAAUCACUGAAACGAUGAGCUUUCAUCUCAUAACCAAAGCUUGGCGGCAGAGCCAAGCUAGAAAGCCAACCACGUUUUCCUAUCUAAUUUUACGCUCAUUUUCUCAGCGUUCGGAACGGCCUUCAUUCGGCAUUGCUUUCGACAUCGACGGUGUCAUUCUGCUCGGAAACACUCCCGUCGGUGGUUCUCCGGUAGCCCUGAGAAGAUUAUACGACGCCACUGGUAGACUGAAAAUCCCUUACGUUUUCCUCACCAAUGGUGGUGGCUUUCCUGAAGCUAAAAGAGCCUUUGAGCUAAGUCAACUUUUGGGUAUAAACGUCUCACCUUCACAGGUUUUACAGGGUCAUUCACCAUUUAAACAAUUGGUCAAUAGAUUUGAGAAUGAACUCAUUGUUGCUGUGGGAAAAGGGGAACCUGCUUCUGUGAUGUCUGAAUAUGGUUUUAAAAAUGUUCUUUCAAUUGAUGAAUAUGCAUCAUGCUUUGAAGAUAUUGAUCCACUAGCACCAUACAAGAAAUGGACAACCAAGUUGGCUGCUACUCAGAAUGCAAAGUUUAAUGAGAGUGCUCCAAGGAAUGAUGUCUUCUCUGAAAGGGUUCGAGCAGCAUUCAUAGUUAGUGACCCUGUUGACUGGAGCAGGGACAUACAGGUUCUCUGUGACAUCUUUAAAACAGGAGGCCUUCCUGGAAGAAAUGUUGGACCACAACCGCAUUUAUAUUUUGCAAAUGAUGACCUUGAAUACCAGACUAAAUUUCCUUCUGAACGUCUGGGCAUGGGAGCUUUCAGGAUUGCAUUAGAAUCCAUCUUCAAUAGGAUUCACCCUCAUUCCCUGGAGUACACUUGUUUUGGCAAACCACAUCCAUCUGUUUUCAAGAAUGCAGAAAUUGUGUUACAGCAACUUGCGUCACCUCUUUAUGAUGAUUUCUAUGAUAUAAAUCACAAUAAUGCUCAAUAUUUUAAAACACUUUACAUGAUUGGAGAUAAUCCUGUAGUUGAUAUUAAAGGUGCACGGCAGACUGGGCAUCCUUGGUUUUCCAUUCUUACGAGAACUGGGGUUUUCAAGGGGAGGGAAAAUCAUGACAAAUUUCCAGCAGAUCUGGUUGUUGACACUGUAGAAGAAGCUGUGGACUACAUCUUGGCAAAGGAGAGUGCUUAAUGGGUCCCGUCCGCUUUACAUGGCGAAGGCUCUAUUUCUUCAAGGAAAGGGUUCUCAAAAGAACAUUUUGAAAGUUAGAAGGUGAUUCUGCGAUCAAUAAAACAAUGUAAUAAUUAAUGGCUUUGUCCUGCACUCCUGCCAUUCAUUUGAAGCACAUAUAAGUUACGUGAUACACUGGGUGAAAUGUUUUUUUUUUUUCAUAUAUAUUUUCACCCGAGAAUGUUUGCUUGCGUUUCGGAUAGGUUGAGAGCUUUAAGUCAGUAGCUUUUUCCAACCUUGUUGAACGUAGACAUUCU